AACAAACCCUUUGUAGGCACACCCAGACACCGCCCCCCAGGCCAGCCCCUCCCCCCGCCGGCGCAGUCGCUUCCCAGCCCCAUCCCGGAAGAGCUCCUUUUUCCCAGCGUGCCGCGCGCGUUCCUUUCCGGCCGGUGCCCGGGCAGGCGUCGCUGAGAUGGCUCCCGCAAAGAAAGGCGGAGAGAAGAAGAAGGGGCGCUCUGCCAUCAACGAAGUUGUAACUCGGGAAUACACAAUCAACAUUCACAAGCGGAUCCAUGGCGUGGGCUUCAAGAAGCGAGCACCACGCGCCCUCAAGGAAAUCCGUAAAUUUGCCAUGAAGGAGAUGGGUACUCCUGACGUCCGCAUUGAUACCCGACUGAACAAAGCAGUCUGGGCUAAAGGAAUAAGGAAUGUUCCUUACCGUAUCCGUGUGCGUUUGUCCAGAAAGCGCAACGAGGACGAGGAUUCACCCAACAAGCUGUACACUCUGGUUACCUACGUACCAGUCACAACAUUCAAAGGUCUACAGACAGUCAAUGUGGAUGAAAAUUAAAUGGAUUUUCAUUACAAUAAAAAUGUAAAAUAUA